GUCGCGGGCUUCGUGCGCACGCUCUUCACCUUGCUCCGCGUCUGCGACCCCGCGGUGAUCCGCUGGGGCGACGACGGCGCGUCCGUCGCCGUCGCGGACCCGCAGCGCUUCGCGGCCGAGGUCUGCCCCAAGUUCUUCCGCCACCGGAACUUCAACUCGUUCACGCGGUUGCUCAACAUGUACUGCUUCCACAAGGUGCCCGCGGCGGGCCGCGACCGCGCGGUCUCCUUCGCGCACCCGCACUUCCGCCGCGGCCGCGAGGACCUCCUCGGCAAGAUCAAGCGCAAG